GGAGGAGCUCUCCUGCAUCCUGGGGCAGCUGGAGGCGGAGGAGCCGCGGCCGGAGAGCUCCGGGAAGGGCGAGGAGCUGCUGGCGCUGAUGGAUGCGCUCUGAGCACGCCGAAGGCACGCGAUGGAGGUCAGCCACUCGGUCAAGGAGCGCACCAUCGCAGAGAACAGCCUGGUUAUCCUGCUGCAGGGCCUGUGCGGCCACGUCACCACCGUGGACCUCCGCGACGAGAGCACGGCCACGGGGCGCAUCACCAGCGUGGAUGCCUUCAUGAACGUGCGUCUGGCCGAGGUGACCUUCACGGACAGGCAGGGCACCGUGUCCCAGCUGGACGAGCUCUUUGUGACCGGCAGGAACAUCCGCUACGUCCAUAUCCCCGACGAGGUGGACAUCAGGGCCACCAUUGAGCGGCAGCUCCAGGCCAUCCACAGGGUCCGCUACUUCGGGGGCCGUGACAAGGGCAGGAAGGAGUUCCCUCGUGCCAAGUACAAGUGAGCCCAUGGAC